UCCACACAACGCUGGAGACGAUCCACUCCCCCCACGCGACGCGCAUCCCACCGUGUCACAAGUGGGCCAGACACCAAUGACAGACAUACAACACAGGUCACACGCCACAGACGUCCCGUCUGGACUCCUCCCGGCAGUCCCAGGCAACCCGCCGAUGGACGUAGACCCCGCACUCGCGUCUGCAGGCGUCUACAACGGCACCCUCAAGCGCAAAGCAGAUGACGCGCCUCCAGACGAGCGUGGGGCUCCAACUCCGCGUCUCAAUAUCGCCCAGGAAGGGCCCCAGCCUGCUCCUCAUGCCAACAUCAUCAACGCGAUGAACAACGGACCUGCACCUGGCGGUAACGCCGUCCCUCCGCACUCGGGGCAAGGUGCUCCCCUGAUGCCACCUGGAACCCCGGGUCCGAACCAUACGCACGAGGGACCAAGGACGCCCCUGCAGCGUCCCUUGCAGCCGAUGUACACUACUCCCUUGUCAGACACCGAGAGACCGCUGCAGAUCGAGACAUCGGGCAGGAAAGUUACGAUUGCUUGCGAGAACUGUCGCGCCCGCAAAACCCGUUGUGACGGUGGAAUACCGUGUGCGCGUUGUGUGCGCUCACAAACAGAAUGCUUGUAUGACACUGAGCGCCGCCGGCGUGGCCCUCACGCAGGGUCUAGGCGCACCAAAACUGGACCAUAUAGCUUGGAGGAUUUCCUCGAAACAAACGUGAAGCGUGCAGUGGCAGAGAGCUCCGCCAGCAAGGCAGGGCGCCAGCAGAGGCAGUACACAGGGGAAUCCCCUGAGGCUUCCUUCGCUUCCGCGCCAGGCGCUUUCCCCCCGCCUUCCCCAACCAAGUCGGUCAAAUCGGCAAAGGGUGCCUCGGCCAGCGAGGGCGAGACCAUGCCAAACACCAGCAAAAAGGUGACAUUUGCCUGUCAGGGCUGUCGCCAACGGAAAACGCGGUGCGACGGCUGCACCCCUUGCGCUAGUUGCGCACGCCUCAGGGCGGAAUGCUUAUACGACACCGAGCGGAAGCGGCGCGGUCCUCGUGUUGGCUACCGCCGUGGUGGAAAAGCCGAAGCCGUAGCGGCAGCCAUUGUUUUGACAAGCCAACCCAACCUGAUGGACCCUUAUGCCAGCAAGUCACACGCCCCGGCGCAAGAACCGGUUCUUUGGGCUCAGCCGGAGGAGCUGCGUCCGCUUUCUCCCGAACCCCCUCCAACACAGUUCAUACCGGGCCCGUCUCUAGCCAAUCUUGUCGAUGCGCAUAGGACUGGACAGGUGCCGCCUCCCAUGCCUCCGGUUGACAAGGUGAACCAGCUAGAAGGCGAGAAGGAGAAAGAAGACGAGCUCCAGGAGGAAACAGACUAUGAGGGCGACGAGUCCACUGAUGAGGCUGGCCACGUGGAGGGCAUGUUGCCAGACAUGGCUCAUCCGCAUGCGUCUGGUGACGACAGGCCCCGGAGGACCGUGGGAUCCUGCACCAUGUGCCGUGUCCGCAAGGUGAAAUGCGAUCGUGUGCAUCCGCAGUGCGGUAGUUGUUCUCAGCAUGGCCAAACGUGCAGGUACGAAAUGCCACCGAAGCGGCGUAAGCGUCCGCUUGUGGAGGACCCGAAUCCAGGGGCCCCGCCUCCUCCCCCGCCUCCCGGUAUGCAGAUGCCGCCGGGAGUGGUGCCGCCGAAUGUGCCGGAGCCGAACAUGGAGCAGUGGGUCAACCAAGACGGUGCACAUCUAAACGGACCGGUUGGGCCGCCUCUUCCUCCUCCCGGGAUGAUGCCACUUCCCCCACCGCUUGGACAUCACGCCGUGCCCACACCUGGUGGUCCCGUGGGGUCGCCUCCCCCACCCGUGACAGCCCCAUAAAAGUCUACAGAUGCAUAGACAGCCCUUUAGGUAUCGCUAUGGUAAGCUCCGUUGGUCCUUCUUUGUAUAUAACCAUUCCCCUCGGACCCUCGGAGCUCCGCAUCGUUUCCUUGUUUUGUUUUAUUUUGGUCUGGGCUUGCAUUUUUCCAGAAGAAGGGAGGAAGUAGGUUCGACUACUCCCACCCGUGUGCCGUGCCUGCUCGAUCUGCGAGCCUGGUCGCACGUGCGCUUUUUGCCACUCAAAGUUGUACUAGUAUGCCUUGUUGCUACGCAUAUCUUGCUUUGUGAAGGGGUCGAGGUCGCCCCAUCUCCCCAUGUCUCGUUAGUUCUAGCUAGGUUCUUUUUGAAAGUAAUUCAAAGCGUGAAGAA